AUGCUCUGGGCACUCUGGCCAAGGUGGCUGGCAGGCAAGAUGCUGCCCCUCCUGGGGGCGGUGCUGCUUCAGAAGAGAGAGAAGAGGGGCCCUCUGUGGAGGCACUGGCGGCCGGAAACCCACCCAUACUAUGACCUCCAGGUGAAGGUGCUGAGGGCCACAAACAUCCGGGGUACAGACCUGCUGUCCAAAGCCGACUGCUACGUGCAACUGUGGCUGCCCACGGCAUCCCCCAGCCCUGCCCAGACUAGGACAGUGGCCAACUGCAGUGACCCCGAGUGGAAUGAGACUUUCCACUACCAGAUCCAUGGUGCUGUGAAGAAUGUUCUGGAGCUCACUCUCUAUGACAAGGACAUCCUGGACAGCGACCAGCUCUCCCUGCUCCUGUUUGACCUGAGGAGCCUCAAGUGUGGCCAACCUCACAGACACACCUUCCCACUCAACCACCAGGAUUCACAAGAGCUGCAGGUGGAAUUUGCUCUGGAGAAGAGCCAGGUGCCUGCAUCUGAAAUCAUCACCAACGGGGUUCUGGUGGCUCACCCCUGUCUAAGAAUCCAGGGCACACUCCGGGGAGAUGGGACAGCCCCACGGGAAGAGUACGGCUCUUGGCAGCUCCUGCUGACAGUGCCUGGGGCCUACGAGAAGCCACAGCUCUUGCCCCUGCAGCCUCCCACAGAGCCAGGCCUCCAACCCACCUUUAUCUUCCACGUGAGCCCAGUGCUGAGCUCCAGGCUACACGUGGAGCUGAUGGAGCAGCUCUCAGCUGUGCAGAGCGACCCCAGGGCGGAGCUGGAGGCUCAGACCAGCAAGCUGGGCCAGGGGGGCGUCCUGCUCUCCUCUUUGCCCCUAGGCCAGGAGGAACAGUGUUCUGUGGCCCUGGGGGAGGGUUGGGGCUGCUGUGUCUUUCAGGAGGUGGCUCUGAGUGUGAAGGUGGAAAUGAGCUCCGGGGACCUAGACCUACGCCUUGGCUUUGACCUCUGCAACGGGGAGCAGGAGUUUCUGGACAGGAGGAAGCAGGUCGUGGCCAAGGCCCCGCAGCAGGUGCUGGGAUUGAGUGAGGCUCCGGACAGUGGCCAGGUUCCUGUAGUGGCUGUGUUGGGUUCCGGGGGUGGAACCCGAGCCAUGUCUUCUCUGUACGGCAGCCUGGCAGGGUUGCAGGAGCUCGGCCUGCUAGACACUGUGACCUACCUGAGUGGGGUCUCUGGGUCCACCUGGUGCAUCUCCACACUCUACAGGGACCCAGCCUGGUCCCAGGUGGCCUUGCAGGGCCCCAUUGAGCGUGCCCAGGUUCACGUCUGCAGCAGUAAGAUGGGAGCUUUGUCCACGGAGCGGCUACAGUACUACACUCAGGAACUGGGGCUCCAGGAGCACAGUGGCCACAGCAUGUCCCUCGUCGACCUCUGGGGCCUCCUUGUGGAGUAUUUCCUGUACCAGGAGGAGAACCCUGCCAAGCUGUCUGACCAACAGGAGGCGGUCCGCCAGGGUCAGAACCCUUACCCCAUUUACACCAGCGUCAACGUCCGCACCAACAUGAGUGGGGAAGAUUUUGCAGAGUGGUGCGAGUUCACGCCCUACGAGGUUGGCUUCCCCAAGUACGGGGCUUAUGUUCCCACCGAGCUCUUUGGCUCAGAGCUUUUCAUGGGACGAUUGCUGCAGCUCCAGCCCGAGCCCCGGAUCUGCUACCUGCAAGGUGUGUGGGGCAGCGCCUUUGCCACCAGCCUGGAUGAAAUCUUCCUAAAGACUGCGGGCUCGGGCCUCAGCUUCCUGGAGUGGUCCAGAGGCAGUGUGAAUAUCACAGAUGAGGAUAACUGCCAGAAGCCUCAGCCGCACAACCCAUCGAGGCUGCGAACAAGACUCCUUACCCCGCAGGGGCCCUUCUCCCAGGCUGUGCUGGACAUAUUCACCUCCCGCCUCACUUCUGCCCAAAGCUUUAACUUCACCCGGGGUCUCUGCUUGCGCAAGGACUAUGUGGCUGGCAGAGAGUUCGUGGCCUGGAAAGACACACACCCAGACGCCUUCCCCAACCAGCUCACCCCGAUGCGGGACUGCCUGUACCUGGUGGACGGAGGCUUUGCCAUCAACUCUCCGUUCCCACUGGCUCUGCGACCUCAGAGAGCGGUGGACCUCAUUCUGUCCUUUGACUAUUCCUUGGAAGCUCCUUUUGAGGUCUUGAAGAUGACAGAGAAGUACUGCCUGGACCGGGGAAUCCCCUUCCCUAGCAUUGAGGUGGGCCCUGAAGACAUGGAGGAGGCUCGUGAGUGCUAUCUGUUUGCCAAGACUGAGGACCCCCGCUCCCCCAUCGUGCUGCACUUCCCCCUUGUCAACCAUACCUUCCGCACACACCUGGCCCCAGGUGUGGAGCGACAAACAGCUGAGGAGAAGGCCUUUGGGGACUUUGUCAUCAAUAGGCCAGACACCCCCUAUGGCAUGAUGAACUUCACCUACGAGCCCCAGGACUUUGAUCGGCUGAUGGCCCUGAGUCGAUACAAUGUUCUGAACAACGUGGAGACCUUGAAGGCCCACCCCAGACACAGAAGCACCUCAGAGGGCCCAGGUUCUCAGCCCAGGGGCUGAGGGCAUCGAGAAGCCAGCUGUCCUCCUUACACUGAGACGGAAAGCAGAGAUGCAUCCACCCACACUUCCUGCAGAGCGGCCCAAGCCCCAACCCCCAACCCCACCUUGAGCUCCUGGAUGCACUGCUAUCAAGAACAACGAGGGGCCAAGUGGGGGUGGCCAGCCUAUGUCGCUGACUCCAUCAUCCUAACCCUCCGUCUGCCUUCUGGCCUCCUCAUGCCUCCUCCCAGAUUACCCUUCUCU